AUGGCAACAGUUGCUGCCACAGAAGUUGCAGUGGUUGACAAGAAGGCAGAUGCUAAGAUGGAGAUUGCUGGGCUGGAGGCCAAGGAGGAAAAGCCGGUGAAAGGCUGCAUCUUUGGGACUAAGAGGAAGUUCCCUAACACAGAAGCGCUGGAGGAGUCGCCAUAUGUUGAUGAAUUUCAUGAGGAGAGGAAGGGUACUGCAGUUUGUAAGGAUCCCCCCUCUGUUUCCUCGGCAACAAUAAAGACGAAUGGGAAGCCAGCAUGUACAAAUAUCAUGGACUAUGUUCUCCAGAAGAAGCUACGAGUUUGGUGUUCUUCACCAAAUGCAAAGUGGGAACUUGGACAGAUCCAAUCAAUAUCUGGAGAUGAUGCUGAAAUACUCCUGGCUAAUGGAAAAGUUUUGACGGUGUCACCAGAACAACUCUUGCCUGCCAACCCUGAUAUCCUCGAUGGAGUGGAUGAUUUAAUCCAGAUGAGUUACUUGAAUGAACCUUCAGUUCUUUACAAUCUGCAAUUGCGACAUUCUCACGAUCUUAUCUAUACAAAGGCAGGACCUGUUCUGAUUGCUUUCAAUCCAUUAAAAGAAGUUGCACUCUAUGGGAAGUCUUCAAUCAUGCAAUACAAGCAAAAGACCAACGAUGACCCACAUGUGUAUGCAGUUGCUGAUUUGGCAUUUAAUGAGAUGCUGCGAGAUGGCGUAAACCAAUCUAUAAUAAUAAGUGGUGAAAGUGGAGCAGGAAAAACUGAGACGGCUAAAAUUGCAAUGCAAUAUUUGUCUGAUCUUGGGGGUGCUAGUGGUACGGAGUCUGAGGGCAAGUUUAUUGAAAUACACUUUUCUGAAACUGGGAAAAUGUGUGGUGCUAAAAUCCAGACCUUCCUGCUUGAGAAGUCGAGGGUGGUUCAAAGGGCACAAGGAGAGAGAUCUUACCAUAUUUUCUAUCAACUGUGCUCUGGAGCUCCUCCACUUCUCAAAAAAAAAUUGUUUCUGAAAAGCGCCAGUGACUACAAUUACUUGAAGCAGAGUAAUUGCUUGAAAAUCGAUGGUGUUGAUGAUUCAAAAAAGUUCACAGUGCUAGUGGAUGCAUUGGAUACUAUUCAAAUAUCUAAGGAAGACCAAAUGAAAUUAUUUUCUAUGCUUGCAGCUGUCUUGUGGCUGGGAAACAUAUCAUUCUCUGUGAUUGAUAAUGAAAACCAUGUGGAAGUUGUUUCAAACGAAGGGUUGGCUACUGCUGCAAAGCUAUUAGGCUGCACUGCAAAUCAACUAGUGACUGCUAUGUCCACUCGUAAAAUCCGAGCUGGAAAUGACAGUAUCGUUAAAAAGCUGACAUUAACUCAGGCCAUUGACGCAAGAGAUGCACUAGCAAAGUCAAUCUACGCCAAUUUAUUUGACUGGAUUGUUGAGCAAAUUAACCACUCACUUGGAACGGGGAGGCAAUUUACAUGGAGAUCCAUAAGUAUUUUGGAUAUUUAUGGGUUCGAGUGUUUCAAUAAGAAUGGUUUUGAGCAAUUUUGUAUAAAUUAUGCCAAUGAGAGGCUGCAGCAGCACUUCAACCGACAUCUUUUCAAACUACAACAGGACGAAUACUUGGAAGACGGAAUUGAUUGGACCCCCGUGGAAUUUGUGGAUAACACUAAUUGCUUAUCCCUCUUUGAGAAGAAACCUCUAGGGCUAUUGUCAUUAUUGGAUGAAGAGUCUACUUUCCCAAAGGCAACAGACUUUUCCUUUGCUAACAAGCUUAAGCAGCAAUUAAGUGGUAACUCUUGCUUCAAGGGUGAAAAAGAAGGCACAUUUAAGAUUUGCCAUUAUGCAGGGGAGGUGACAUAUGAUACAGCUGGGUUCCUGGAGAAGAACAGAGAUCCAUUGCACUCUGAGUCAAUCCAACUACUAUCAUCAUGUAAAUGUGAACUUCCAAAACAUUUUGCCUCUGUCAUGGUUGCUGAUUCUCAGAAUAAAUCAAGUCUGUCAUGGCAUUCAGUAAUGGAUACACAGAAACAAAGUGUUGUAACGAAAUUUAAGGCUCAACUGUUCAAGCUGAUGCAGCAGUUGGAGAGUACAACCCCACAUUUUAUUCGAUGCAUUCAACCAAAUAGCAAACAACAUCCCAGGUUAUUCGAGCAUGAUCUUGUCUUGCACCAGCUUAAAUGCUGUGGGGUGCUUGAAGUUGUUCGGAUAUCAAGAACAUGCUAUCCAACUAGGAUCACUCACCAACAGUUUGCUGAAAGAUACGGAUUUCUUCUCUUGCGUUCCAUUGCAUCUCAAGAUCCACUUAGUGUUUCAAUUGCUGUUUUGCAACAGUUUAACAUUCCCCCUGAAAUGUAUCAAGUUGGCUACACGAAAUUGUUUUUCCAUACAGGACAGGUUGCUGCACUGGAAAAUGCUAAAAGACAGAUGCUUCAUGGAAGCCUCUGUAUUCAGAAGCACUUCCGGGGUUUGCAUUCUCGACAGGGAUAUCAACGACUAAAGAAAGGGGCAAUGAAUUUGCAAUCAUUUAUACGCAGUGAAAGAGCAAGAAUACACUUUGAUAAUCUUGUCAAGAGAUGGAGGGCAGCUGUUCUUAUACAGAAGUACACUAGGCGUCGACUUGCAGCUAACAUGUUUAAUGAUCAACUGAGUCAUAUCAUUCUUCUUCAGUCCGUGAUGCGUGGGUGCCUGGCCAGAAGGAAAUACAAGUGCCUGCAGAAUGAAAAGGAGUCAAAGGCCAGUCACAACAUAGUUCAAGGGGACACAAGGAAGAAUAAUUCCGAGUCAAGAAUUUGCCAUGAAAUGAAUGGGCAUUAUCCUCACGAACCAGUCAUCACUGAGCUUCAGGGUGCAUUCAAAGCUGAGGCUGCAUUGCGGGACAAGGAGGAAGAAAAUGUAAUGCUAAAACGGCAAUUGGAACAGUAUGAGAGGAAAUGGUCGGAAUAUGAGGCCAAAAUGAAAUCUAUGGAAGAGGCAUGGAAGAGACAGCUCUCUUCUCUGCAGCUGAGCCUUGUUGCUGCUAAGAAGAGCCUAGCUGCUGAUGAUGCAACCACUAGAGCCGCUCGGACCGAUUUUACUCCAACACAUGCCCAGUAUGACUCUGAAGACACAUUGUCCACUGGGACCCAUACACCUGAAGUGAUAGAGUCGAGACACCACAACCACAACCCUGAAGCUAAAGUUUCAGCAGGAAACUCGGAUAGGCGAGUAAAUGCUGUGAACCACCUAGCAAAGGAGUUUCAAGACAGACGGCAGGUGUUCGAAGAUGAUGCAGGCUUCCUUGUUGCAGUCAAGUCCGGUCAGGUUGGUUCAAAUAUGAACCCAGACGAGGAACUCCGGAAGCUCAAGGACCGCUUUGCGACAUGGAAAAAAGAUUAUAAAUCUCGGUUGAAGGAGACGAAGGUAAACCUUAAUAAGGUUGGCACCCAUGAUGAGAAAUCGCGGAAAAGAUGGUGGGGAAAGAAGAGCUCGAAGUGA